AUGGCUUUCAUCAUAUUUCUCCUUACAGUUCUUUGCGCUCUUGGCUCCUCUCCAACUCCCAGCCUAUACGAGGUCUACAGGUUCCCCAAUGGUACCUGGGUUGAAAACAUCGCCGUGCGACCCAAUGGAAAUCUCCUAGUGGCACUUGUGAAUACACCAGAACUCUGGGAGAUCACACCUUCAACACAUUUAGGCCACAGUACGGCGCAAUUGGUUUGCCACUUUGAUAGGGCGGACUCAGUGAACGGGAUCACAGAGCUUUCACCAGAUAUUUAUGCGGUCGUGGCAUCUAAUUCUGUUUGGAAAGUCGAUCUAAGUGUUUGCCAGAAUGUUUCGAAGCCAAUUCGAAUUGCCACACUUCCUGCUGGGACCCUGAAUGGUAUGGCUACAUUGGAUGAAGAAAGGAGAUCAGUCGCCAUCUCAGAUUCUCAGUUGGGUCUUGUUUGGCGUCUCGAUACCCAUACGGGUAACUAUACCGUGAUACAUCAGGAUGAAACAAUGGCACCGACCGAUGAGCUAGGCUUAAUGCUCGGGAUCAACGGAUUGAGGAUCACGAACGGCUAUCUGUACUACAACAAUAGCCCUCGGCGAAUCUUCUGUCGUGUUCAUAUCGAUAGACAUACCGGUGGAGCAUUGGGCCCAUAUGAGACCAUUGCCCACAAUGUUCUCGCUGAUGACUUUGCCGUUAAUUCAAACGGUGUUGCAUACUUAGCGGGACUCACGGACAAUGUGGUUACUAAGGUCUUUCGGAAUGGAUCACACAAGGUUAUAGCGGGCUCUUUGGACUCGAAGGAUUUGAUGACUGCCACAUCGGCGGCGUUUGGCAAACUUCCAAAUGGUCGCGAAAUCCUUUACGUUACUACAGGAGGGGAGUCAGAGCAUCCCGUAAACAAUACCUAUACAAGAGGAGGAAAGAUUAUGGCCCUUGCUGGUGACCUGUAA